AUGACGUUUCGUUGGGGUGAAGACACAACAUUUAAAUUUGUUUCGGAAUAUAUAAAACACGAGUCUUUAUGGAACAUAAAAUGUCUGCUGUAUAAAAAUAAACAGGCCAAGCUAUCUGCUUGUAAUGAAAUACAAAAAAUUAUGAAUAUACCUGGAUUCGGUGUAAAAGAGAUAAAGUUAAAAAUUAAAAACAUAAGGUCUACUUAUUCACAAGAGCUAAAAAAAAUAAAGGAUUCGAAAAGAUCCGGCGCAGGUACCGACACUAUUUACGUACCAUCUAUUAAAUGGUUCAACAUAUUGUAUGAUACCCUACGUUCUAUUAAUUCUGAGUUGACGGAAAGUCACAGCAAUUUGGUAUGUAUACAGUAUACUGUACUUAUUUUAGUUUUAAUGUAAGAAUUAAAGUAUAC